AUGGAGAAACCGAACUCCUUUAGAACCUCCGUCCACCUGGCUGCAGGGUUUACUGGCGGACUAACAUCAGCAUUCUGUCUCCAACCCCUUGAUCUUUUGAAAACUAGAGUACAGCAAGAUAGAACAACAUUGAAAGCGGUGUUGAAUCAAAUCAAUUCUCCUGCUGAGUUAUGGCGGGGAACAGUACCGAGCGCUUUAAGGACAUCAAUAGGAAGUGCGCUAUAUCUUGCAUCUCUCAAUGCAGUCCGAACAAGCUUGGUGAAAAUGAGGCCUCAGACGAAUGAAGUCUCAUCUUCUUCAAAGUUGCCAACGUUAUCUUCAUCACUUGAUUUAGCCGCAGGAGCUGUAACUCGUGGCCUCAUUGGAUUUACGACAAUGCCUAUUACUGUUUUGAAAGUUAGAUUUGAAUCCAAUAUUUAUGAUUACGCUUCGAUGUCGGAAGCAGGAAAAGAAAUAUGGAAAAAUGAAGGCCUUGCGGGGUUCUUUCGAGGAUUUGGAGCGACAUGUUUAAGAGACUGUCCAUAUGCUGGUUUGUAUGUUCUAUUUUAUCAAAAAUGCAAAAGCUGGAUUCCAAGAGUGUUCGAGAAUAAUUUGCAACCAGAUUCAUACAGUAUGUCAAAAUCAACCGCAAUCAAUUCGUUUUCUGCGGUAGUUGCAGCCGUCACGGCAACAACUAUAACCUCUCCUUUCGAUACAAUCAAAACGCAUAUGCAACUAAAUCCGGGAAAGUAUAACAGCUUUUUGAACACAGGAAAUCUGUUGGUAAGGACUCACUGGACACAUCUCUUUGAUGGAAUUACCCUUAGAAUAAUCAGGAAGGGCCUCAGUGCUGCAAUAGCAUGGGCAAUCUACGAAGAAAUUGUCAAGUUCGCUCCUAAUUGA